GGCCAAAACCAAUAUUGUGAUAUUUACAAAAAAACAAAAAUAAGUCCACAUAACGAAAAGAAAUUACGAGAAUCAAAAGUAGCGAAAUCGAAAUCGCGCGCAAAAAAUAUAUCAAAUAUAAAAGCAGUGAGUUUAUUUCGAAUUUAAAGCGCUUAAAUAAAAGCGUGAAAAAACUGGAAAUACAAAAAAAAAUAAUAGAUGUGUAUCAAGCAAUUGCCAUGAUAAAAAAGUUGCGCAUCGAAACGCCAAACAUCAAUUAAUUUUGCUCAACGCCGAAAACGAAACGAAAAAUUACAAAAACAAAAUACAAAAAAACAGCAGCCAAAAAUGUGUACGAAAACAUCGAAAACGCCAUUGCUCUUAAUUGGCGGCGUCUGCUUCGUCAUCGUGUUGGUCGGCAUUACUGGUGUGACGCUGAUCAAUAAUCUCAAUUUGUCCAACAUCAUCAAGCUGAACGAGAAAGUGGCCAGCGACAGCAUGAGCUCACACGACGCCGAAUUGCGCGGCGAUGAUAAUUACGCCAAUAAUCAUCCGAAGAAUAUAUAUAAAUUCGAUGAAUUCGCCGCGCCAUAUGCACUGGCUGUAGGCACGCAUCCACAUACGCUGCCAGCAGCCGCAGCGCAGCCAGCAGUAUUAGUGACAGCAGCAGCGGUGUAUAAAACGGAGCAUGAUGGUCGAGCCGCAUCGGUUGUUGAGGCCGAUGGUGCGUUAAUUGGUCGACCUACGGCCGCAUUAGUCGAUGCUGCGGCGAAUAACGGUAAUGCGGCGGCAGCAGCGCCGACGCAUGCGAUUAUGCAGUCCACUGCACCGCAGCAGGCACUUGAACCCACUUUGAAUGCGCUCCAACGGCAUAAAAAAUUGCAGAGUACUGCUACAACAACAAAUGAAAAUGCGAAUGCCUCAGGAGCAUUGGUCAAUAAUCCACAGGUAAAUACUGCGACGCCAACCAAUGCGUCAAUAUCGGGCGCUGCUACAGCCUCGCAACCAUCUCCAAGCGACCGGGGUAGCUUAAAUGCCACAGCUUCCAUAAAUUCGAGUGCCUACAGCGCAUCACUACCAUCAACAACAACAGCAGAAACUCCAUCAGCAACAACAGCGGUUGCAUCAUCAGUCAGUGUUGACAUAGCGGCUAAAUUGAUGUUGCCAUUGAUACUGAAUGGCAGCGCCAGGAUAACGCCCGGAUUUAGUGAUGGUAAUAGGCAGAUGAAUGCGUAUGAAAAAAAAGGACUUACGAUUGAUACAAUUGUGGGCUUUAAAAGUGAUAACGCUACAAGAGAUACGCAACAAAUGAAGAAUGUGGUUGCAUCAUCGGGGCCUUUUGUGGUGCCCACAGGCGGUUCAGGUGCUGAUAAGGAGAAACGCGAUUUUGUUGUGAAGAUGAUGCAGCACGCCUGGGACAACUACAAGCUCUAUGCUUGGGGCAAAAACGAGCUACGACCGCUCAGUCAGCGACCACAUUCGGGCAGUAUUUUCGGCAUCUCCGAUCUGGGCGCCACCAUUGUGGAUGGACUGGACACACUCUACAUAAUGGGUUUGGAGAAAGAGUAUCAAGAGGGACGCGAUUGGAUUGAACGGAAAUUUUCUCUGGACAAUGUGAGCGCCGAUUUAUCAGUAUUCGAAACGAAUAUACGCUUCGUGGGUGGCAUGUUGACGCUGUACGCCUUCACCGGUGACAAUAUGUAUAAAGAGAAAGCACAACACAUCGCUGACAAGCUGUUGCCCGCCUUCCAGACGCCCACCGGCAUACCAUAUGCGUUGGUAAACUCACGCACGGGUGCGAGUAGAAAUUAUGGCUGGGCUUCAGGUGGCAGCUCCAUUCUCUCCGAAGCUGGUACAUUGCACUGUGAAUUCGCCUAUCUGAGUGAUAUAACGGGUAAUCCGCUGUAUAGAGAGCGUGUACAAACUAUACGGCAGGUCUUGAAGGAGAUCGAGAAGCCGAAGGGUCUUUAUCCGAAUUUCAUUAACCCCAAGACGGGCAAGUGGGGACAAAUGCACAUGUCGCUGGGCGCUUUAGGCGACAGUUACUAUGAGUACCUGCUAAAGGCUUGGUUACAGUCCGGCCAAGUGGACGAGGAGGCACGUGAAAUGUUCGACGAGGCAAUGGUGGCGAUUAACGAGCACAUGAUACGCACAAGUGCGGGUGGUUUAACGUAUGCCUCAGAUUUGAAGUUCGAUCAUUUGGAACAUAAAAUGGAUCACUUGGCUUGCUUUGCGGGUGGUCUCUAUGCCUUAGCUGCCAGCACGCGUCAAAAUCAACAUGCCAAUAAAUUUAUGGAAAUUGGUAAGGGUCUGACAAAUACCUGCCACGAGAGCUAUACAAGAACGCCUACCAAAUUGGGACCCGAAGCUUUUCGCUUCAGCGAUGCCGCCGAAGCGCGUGCCUUGAAAUCACAAGAGAAAUACUAUAUACUGCGACCGGAAACGAUGGAGAGCUACUUUGUAUUGUGGCGUCUGACGCACGAUCAAAAGUAUCGCGAUUGGGGAUGGGAGGCGGUGCAAGCGCUCGAGACAUACUGUCGCACCGCGCACGGUUACAGUGGCAUUAAGAAUGUCUAUCAGGAGAAUCCGCAGAAGGAUGAUGUGCAGCAGAGUUUCUUCUUGGCGGAAACGCUUAAGUACUUGUAUCUGCUCUUCUCCGAUGACUCACUGCUGCCACUGGAUGAGUGGAUAUUCAACACGGAGGCGCAUCCCUUGCCCAUACGCGGUGCGAAUGCGUUCUACCGCGCGGCACCACCCGCUCAAACGCAAGCCGAUGAGAACCGUUAAAUCUUGACGCGAAAAUAUUGAAAUUUUCAUGGACGUUAUGUAGCGUCGGCUGCAGCGCGUCUCACACAAAAAUGCAGUUAUUUGUAAUUAGUGUUUUUAUAAUUGAUUUUUGUGUUUUUUUUUUUUUUUUGACAAAUAGUUACUCUUAUUAUGCUUUUUAGACACGCCUUGAAAUGUAAUGUAGCGUAAUUAUUUAUAAUGAUAUAUCUGGAAGUAUCUAGAUUUCUCAGCGAUUUUUCUAAUGAGUUUAAUUUUAAAAUUUUCAAUUUUUUUAUUAAUUUUUUUAAUUUUCUUUUUUUCAUUUCUAUAUUAUUACAAGCAGUUAACGACGUGUUAAUGCGCUAAUUAAUAUGUAUGUAUGUAUACCAGUACAUAUGUAAUGUACAUAUACUAUUGUACUUGUAAACUGACAACAUUUGCUAAUGCUAAUUUGCUGCUCUUAAUUUUUGUACAGUUAUAUGAUAUAAGUUAUUUGUAAUAGUUAUUAUUGUAGCUCUUAAUUAUAUAAAACAAAUAUUUAAUUAAUUCAGAAAAUUUUCGAAAUUCAAAAUUGCAUUUCUCGCAACACUUUUUUUCAACAUUGACGAGAAAAUACUUCAAAGAAAUAUUUAAAAAUGAAUAAAAUAUUUUAAAUUAAUUAAUUAAAAUUAAUUUUAAAAAUCAGUUAGUAACACCUGUAUGUAUGUAUGUAUAAUUAUUUUCAAUAAUUCAAAUUAAUUUUUUUGUCUACACACAUUCGACAUAUUUGCAGUAUGAUAUGCCAAUAUAGAAACUAUUGUAUGAAAUGCAGCAUAAAAUGAAGAGAUAACUGUAUUUACUUAUGAAGCUCUUUAACCGCAAUAAUUGUAAAAUGCAUACACAAGUAUUGUUGUUGUAAACAAAAAGAAUUCGAACGAAAUUUUAAUAUAAAACUGAGUUAAAAAUAAAAAUUAACCAUUUUUUUAUUGCAUGGAGAAUUAAAAAAAAAAAAGAAAAUUUAAAAACAAACAAAAUUUUAAAAUUUUUUUUGGAAUGCAUGAAAAAUUGUAUAAUUGUAAUGAAUAAUAAGAAUUUUCAUUAAUAAUUUUGGUGUUCGUAAUUGAAUUUCAGUUAUCUUAAAGUGCUUAAAUAAAUAUAUAACAAAAUGUGUUUUCUAAUAUUAAAUUCUAUUUUUCAUUUAUAUUGUUUAAUCAAAUUUGUUUUUUUUUUCAUUUAAAUUGUUCAAAUCAAUGUGUUUUUUUUUUAAUUUAAAUUAUUUACUAAUUUUUUUUUGCAAAAAAAUUCCAUUAUAUUAUAUUAAAUUAUAUUUUUAAACAUUUUCUUUUGUGAUAUUGGCUCCGUCUUUAAGAAAGCGCGAAUUUUUAGGUUUAUACUAAAAAAUAGCUACAUUUUUUAGUAAUUUUUGUAAUUUCUCGAAAUAUUUUCUCUAAAAUUAUAAUUUUGUUCAAGCAAACUAUUAAUUUUAAUGCAAAAAUAUCAACAGAAAGCAAGAAAAUUUUAAAAUUUCAAAAAUUUUGCAAAUUUGAAGGGUUCAAUACGCUAAAGUUGUAAACGAAGCAUAAACAAAAUUUUGUUUUCGAAGAAAUAAAAAAAAAUAUAUUCAAUUCGAAAAUUACGAAAAUAUUUUUUUAAAUUUUUUUUUUAUUAAUUUAAUUUUUUUAAUAUAAUUAAAGAUUUAAAUAUAAUUUUUAUAUGCGUUUUUACACAUAUUUGCCUUUCAAAUGAUGUCAAAUGUUGUCAAAACAAUUUAAAAAUAUUCCGCUGCUAUUUUCGAAAUUAAUUCGAUUAUCAUCAUAUCAUAUUAAAAUAAUAAAUAACAACAACAACCAAAUAUGAAAGCCUUGAACUUAAUAAAAAAUGAUUUCUUUUUAAAGAAAUUAUGAAAAAAAAUUAAAAUUAUUAUUGAAUUCGAAAAUUAAAAAAAAGUAAUAUUAUAAUUUUUCACGAUUUUUAAAUUAAUUUUCUUGUGGUUUUUGAACAUAUUUGUCGUUAAAAAGUUGUCAAGAAAUUAAAAAAAUAUAUUUCGCAACUAUUUUAAAAAUUUUUUAUAUUAAAAUAAUGAAAAAAAAAACAAUAUUUCACCAUUGAACAAAAUAAACAAAAUUUGGUUUUUGAAGAAAUUAUAAAAAAAAAAUCAUAUUGAAUUCGAGAAUUAAAAAAAAAAUAUUAUUAUUUUUUUGCGUUCAUUUUAAUUAUUUUUUUAAAACAAUUAAAUAUUGUAAUUUAAUUUUUUAUGCGUUUUUGAAUAUAUUUGUCGUUAAAAAGAAAAUAUUUCGCAGCUAUUUUCGAAAUUAAUGCUGUUUUUUAUAUUAAAAACCAACAAUAUUGAAGCAUUGAAAAAAUAAACAAAUAUUUGUUUUUGAAGAAAUUAUUAAAAAAAAUAAUAUUGAAUUCGAAAAUUAUAAAAGUAGUUUAUUUAAUUUUUUUCACGAGUUUCAAUUUUUUUAAAAUAAUUAAAGAAUUUAAUUUUUUCGAAAUCAACUCGGCAUUUUUUAUAUUAAAAUAAAAAAACAACAACAACAACAACAAUAUGAAAGCAUUGAAGCACGUACUUAAACUAUUCUUACUAUUUAAAAAAAAUUUCUAACCUCUAAACUCGAUGCCUUUUAAAACUUUCUGCAGCAAUGUGUUUUGAUAAAUGAUUUUGUAGUAACUCAAGUAACUGUGAAAUUUGGAUAUCAUUUGAAAUUAAAAAAAAAAAAUAAAAAAAAAAAACAUUUAAAAAUUUGUUUUAAUAAAAUGCUGGAUUGGCGUGCUAAAAAAAAUUUAAUUUUUUUAAAUUUAAUUAAUGUUUUUAAUUUCAAAAUUUUUACUGGAAAAUAUUUUUUAACACUUUUUCAUAUUUUUUUUUUAAUUAUUGUUUGUCUAAAUUUUUCUUUUUCUAUGUAAGGACUACUCUCACUCAAUUUUUUCUAAUUUAUAACACUGCAUUACAAAUAUUAAAAAACCAAUUAAAAAAUGCCAGCAAGUCAACAAAAGAGUCGAAUUUCAAAACAAAUAUUUAAAAAACAGAAAAUCUGCAGUUCGAAAAGAGCAACUCCAACUACACAGUGCGCUCUUGUCUUUUGUAUAAUAGUGCUAACAGAGACUCUUUCUACAUCUAACUGUAGAAUGUCUUAUAUAUGAAUGUAUGUAGCAUAACAAGAACCACUAACUUUGCUAUUUUUAGUUUGAAAACAAAUGACAAAUGAGAACAAAAAAAAAAUAUUUAAAUAAAUAAUAAAUAAAAUCUAAAAAUUAAAUGAAAAAUGUGUAUAAAAAUCGAACACACUAACAAAUAUGUAAAUACAUAAAUUACAAUACAAUACAAAUUGAUUUAUAGCAUACAAAAAAAAAAAAAAACUAGUAAAUUACAAUUAGAUUUAUAACAGUACAUUUAGGUGACUAAUUUAAAAAUAAUUGCAAUUUACUUUAUUAUCAAAACAAAAACAAAAACAAAAAAGCAAAUAAGUUAUAUACAGUAAAAUAACUGAAAUUUUAAUAAAAAAAAUAAAAUUUUACAAACAGUUAGUUAACUAACUGUAAUAUGAAACUUGUGUAAAUUGCAUGAAAAUUUCUCAGUAGAAACAGAAUCUCCAAAAAUAGGCUAAUUAAAUAGAAUAUUUGAAAAAAGUGAAGUGAGCAUGACAUAAAACGCUGAACUUCACCGAUUUUUUUUUCUGAAGAAAGCAGUAAAACACAAACGGAACUUUCGAAAGCAAUGUAAAUGCAAGAAAAUCAAAUAAACAAAAGAGCGCAAAAGAUACAGAGAGCGAAAGAGAGUGCAUUUGUGCGUAGUAUUCUAUGAAAUAACAGAGGCGUGAACUAGAUUUAGUAAAUUUAUAUAUGCUCUAAUAUGUAUGUAUGUAUUAUUGUCUAAGUGAACACAAAUACUAGUUUUCGAAUUUUCCAAAAUCUAACCUAGAAAAGAAAAACAAAAAACCCUGACCACACUCUCUUCAAUGCAACUUUCUAAAUGCAAAUUUAAUUGCAAACUAACUCUAUAAAUCUCUUAGUAGUUUUUGACAAACUUGAAUAUUUUCACAUUUCAAUUUCAUUUUAAUUUUUAUUAAUUUUUGUUUUCAACACAAAUGAAAUUCUGAAAAACACGAACUUUGUAAAUCAUAUAUUGUAUAUACAUUAUAUACACACAUACAUACAUAAAAAAUAACUGUAAUUGCAUUUGUACUGUCUAUGUACCA